AUGAUAUAUCCAAACGAUGUUAUGAAUGAGGUGCUCAGAGACGAGUACGGAUGUGAGUUAUUCCUUCAAUAUCUAAAGGCGAUCUAUUGCAGUGAGACCCUGCAAUUCUGGUUGGAGAUUGAGACUUUCAAGACUGUGGCCCCACCCGCACCCUACACUGGACUCACUGGUCCACUGUUGGCAUUCGCCACAUCAAUCGAUCCACCACCAACUUCAGCUACAUCAUCAUCGUCAUCAAUUAACAACAAUAAUAAUAGUAAUAACUCUUUGACAUCAACAUCAUCAACAAAUAGCACACCGGAUCAAUCACAAUCAUCAUCAUCAUCAUCACCACCAUCACCAAAUAGUAGUACUACAACAACUACAACUACAACUACCACUACCACGGCCACUGGAGACAAGAAGGACCGCGGAUGCUUCAAGUCCAGCCGUCCAAACUCACCCAAUCCACGCAAAUACUACUCACAAGAGGAGCUGAAAACACUGGCGCGAUCAAUCUUUGAGAAGUAUCUGGAAAAUGGCAGUGAGUUCGAGUUGAACAUCGAUGCCAAUGCUCGCGAGGCUGUGCGCGCUCGUCUCGACGACGAAAUCGAUGCCUCCCUAUUCGAGGAUGUACAAAGAGUAGUAUACGAGAGUCUUUGGAUGGACUGUUUCCCACCUUUUACACAUAGCAUUGCUUAUCACAAGUACAAAGAGGAGACUGGCAAAUGUCAUCUUCCGGGAUUCCUCCAGAUCAGCUUCAGGAAGAAGCAAUCAAAGGCAGACUUUGUUGAUAUCCACAUGAAGGAAAUACCAUCAAGGGGAUAG